AUGGACGCGACUGUAUUCCGAUCGGCCGCCCGACAAAUUGCUGACUAUAUUGUAGAUUAUAUCGAGAAUAUUCGUGAGAGACCUGUAUUUCCGUCAGUAAAACCCGGAUAUAUCAAGCAAUACAUACCCGAAACGGCCCCUCAGAGUGGGGAGCCAUGGAGUGCUAUAUUCGCAGAUAUCGACAGAGUUAUAAUGCCUGGAAUAACACACUGGCAGUCACCAAACUUUCACGCAUACUUCAUGACAGCCCAGUCCUAUCCAUCAGUUAUUGCGGAUAUGCUGUCAAGUGGUUUGGGUGUCCUGGGAUUUUCAUGGAUCGCGAGCCCCGCGUGUACUGAACUGGAGAUGCAAAUGAUGGACUGGUUGGCCAAAAUGCUUACACUUCCCAACCAUUUCAUGUUCAGCAACGGCGGCAAAGGGGGCGGUGUUAUAAUGAAUAGCGCGAGUGAGGCAACCCUUAUCACACUAUUGGGCGCUAGGAGUAAAAUAUUGGCCGAGCAUGGUCAUAAUAAAGAGUUAAUCACCAAAUUAGUGGCCUAUGCCUCGGAUCAGUCGCACUCCAGUGUCGAGAGGGCCGCACUGUUAGGCGCCGUUCAGAUGAAACUAUUGCCAACCAUAGCCUCAGACAAUCAUAGCCUUAGAGGAGAUGUUUUAAGGGAUCAGAUUAAAAAAGACAGAGCUAAUGGAUUGAUCCCAUUCUUCGUUGUGGGAACGCUGGGCACCACUGGUAUAUUGGCUUUCGAUAACAUCACAGAAGUGGGCAAAGUUUGCUCUGAAGAGAAUGUAUGGCUACAUAUAGACGCCGCGUACGCCGGCUCCGCAUAUAUUUGCCCCGAAUUUAGGCAUCAUUUAAACGGAAUUGAAGAUGUCAUUGAAUGGAUAUGUCUUCAAGUGAUUAUCCAAUUCAAAUGA